AUGCCCACACGAAUCGAUGACCGCUACCUCUGGCUCGGCUUCGGCAUCUUCCUCUUCUUCGCAGCCCAAGGCAUCCGCCAUGCCAUCACCAACACAGUCCGCCUGACCGAGCUCGAGCCCAUCCACAGUCGCAAGGACGACGAAGAAGACCAACAGCCUGAGGAUAGGAUCGAAAUAUCUACACUGGAAAUACUGGCUCGGUCCCCCAAUCCAAACAUUGCCGCAUCAGCGGCGUCCCUCAUUGUGACUCGCUUUGCAGCGCUUCCAGAUGCAGCCGAGAUCAUAUCGACGGACUUGCAGAGUGAAGAUGAGGAUACACGAAGGAAAGCGAGACAGGCUAUCUCCUACCUUCAAGAUUGGGAUACAGCGCUUUCCACUUCUCUCGAUGAGAGUCGUACGUUCGCAGCACGGGAAGCGUUAGUCCAGGCAGCAAGAUCCCUCCGCCCCAUCCACUCCUCCAGAAGCACAAUCCACCUCCCCACCCUAGACGAAAUGCAAUCCGUCGCCAACGUUGCCGGCGGCCUCGUCUCCCUCUCCGACCUCGAAGCCGAAGGGGAGCGUCAAAGAGAAACCAGGCAGCUUGACGUCGUAAGUCGACUCGAUGAACUAGCCGAACAAGCUGGCCAUUCCGAGUUUGGAUGGAGAACUCACGAAGAGGGACCUGGGAGUGCGAGACUUGCGGGGUGGGAUAGGAUCCCGAGUGAGAUGGCAUGGGAUGAAGGAGGUGCGUGGGAAAGGAGAAUGAGGAGGAAUAGGGACAGUGGAGAUGCGUGGAGUACGAGGAUGAGGAGGAGGAAUAGGGAGGCUGUUGUGGUUGGUGUGGACGUGGAGGACGGAGAGGACGUUGGGGGUAGUAGUGUAGGAGGCGGAGCGGGGUGGAGGGCGAUGGGGUGA